AUGUUGUCUAUGAAAGACUUUACAACCAAUUUUAUGAAACUUGAGCGAUUUGAUGGAGGAAACUUUAGGCGUUGGCAAAAGAAGUUGCACUUCCUACUCACAAGCCUCAAAGUGGUGCAUGUCCUCACAACUCCAAGGCCAACAGAUGGUCACAUAUGCAAUGCUAUGUUCGAUACUUUGUUCGAUAUCUACCAUGAGAUGAAAACUUCAAAUGAGAUUUCGAAUGCACUUGAGACCAAACACAUGACUGAAGAUGCAACUAAUAAGAAGUUUCUUGUAUCAAAAUUUCAAAUGGUUGAUGAUAGAAUUUAUGCAAUUAUGGAAAAGCUUCAUCCUUCUUGGAAAGAGUAUAAGAAAAUUCUCAAACACAAGAAGGAAGAUAUGUCCAUAAAUCAAUUAGGAAAACACAUUCGAAUUGAAGAAAAGUGUUGGGUCCGAGAGAAAGUUGGUGAUACUCCUAACUCCUCCAAGGUUUACAUGGUUGAAGAUGGACCUAAACAAUCUUUCAACAAUCAUGGAAGCAAGAAAAGGAAGUGA